CUUGCAAGAGCCAGCGAAGCAUCUGCACCUGGGCAGCGCGCACAGUGAGGAGGAGGCACGGGCGGCACCCGGCACACAGGUUCUAAAGAUGUCAUCCAAUCCACCCACCUACCAAGGACAUGAAACACCAAAUCCUUACCCACCAAUCAGUGCCCUGGCUCCUGAGUCUCCGCAACCUGUGGGAUUUAUAAACCCAAGACAAGUUGCUCCAGUUUUUGUGACACCUCCAGGAGUCUUUCCUAGCAGCCAUCUGGGCCCAGGAAACGUGCAAGUGACAAAUCCAACCCCAGGGACAGCAGCCGUACCCUACCAAGAAGCCAUGAAAAUACUCGGGGGCAUCCAGAUCAUGAUUGGACUGAUGCACCCGGGGUUUGGAAUUAUUCUGGCUUUACUGAGUUACAGUCUGACUGAAGCUUGGGGCUUUGGCUCCAUCUCCUUUAUCGCGGGAUACCCCUUCUGGGGCGGACUGUGCUUUGUUAUUUCUGGCUCUAUCACCAUAGCAGCAUUCAAGGAAUUUUCCCCCUGUCAGCUGAAAGGCAGCCUGGGAACGAAUAUCCUCAGCUGUAUCUUCUCCAUCAUUGGCGUGGUCCUGCUGAUCGUGGAUCUGUUCAUCAAUGCCCACCACCAGCAGGUGUACUGGGCUUUGGUUGGAGGAAAAGGAAUUUCAGCCAUGCUGCUACUCUUCUCCAUCCUAGAAUUCGGCAUAGCCUGCGCCACUGCACACUUUUGCACCCAAGCUAUCAAUAACCCCAGCAGGUCUGUCUUGAUCAUUCCCAAUGUGCAUGCAACCAAUCCCAUGAUGCACGAGUCUGCCUCCGCUCCUCCCACAAGUGACAGCCAGCCACCUUAUGCACCAAGAUACUGAACAAAAAAGGGAGCUCUGCUGAAUAGCAUGAGGUGAAGUACUUUGCAGAAACUUCUUGAAAGCUGACUCUAAUGUUUCACGGUGCCUGCUAAUCUUUAGAUGUGUUUCAAGUUGGUUUCAGGAUCAUCACUAAUGACAAAGGUCCCGAUCUCUGUCUCUCAACACUCACCAUAAAUGCACACUGGUGAAAGAAAAAAUGGAAACAUGGCCCUGAGACUCUCAUAAAUUCAGUAAUUUUCCUCUUCAUGCUAACUUUCCCAAAAUAAAAUGUCAU